UCGCCAACACUGAGCAGUUAGACGGGCUGAGGGGGUGGCAGGACAGAAAGGACAACUUCCCCAAUAGUGGACGUUCUCAUGGUGACUGGUAGACUUUGAGUGUGUCUGAGGACUAUUCUGUUGUCAUGUGUCGCUUCGCAACACUCAUCGCUUUUCUCUCUUGCACGGUGCUGUCACUGGCCCAGCAUGAACCCGGGUACUGCGUGUUCUAUGAGGAGUGUGGCAAGAACCCAACAGUAUCGGGCAACUUCAUUAAGCCUAUUGUGCCCUGUUUGAAUUACAGCCGAGCUCGGAAGCUGACGGGGGAGCACUACAAGAAACUCACAGAGGUGUGUCCCAUGUUAGACAACGGAGAGGGCUUCACAUAUGCCUGUUGCUCCAGCAAGCAGCUGUCGUCCCUGGAAUAUAGUUUGGGUCUGUCCAAGUCUCUGCUGCUGCGCUGCCCUUCUUGUGCUGAAAACUUUGCCCAAUUGCACUGCAUCAACACCUGCAGUCCACACCAGAGCCAGACAGUCAAGGUCACAAAAGUCAUGAAUGUUACUUCCAUGGGAAAGACCAGAGAGGCCGUGGUGGCGUAUCAGGCGUACCUCUCCACCAGCUUUGCAGAUGCGGCUUUCAAGUCAUGUCAAAAUGUCAGGAUCCCCGCCACGGGAGGCUUUGCCAUCGGUGCUAUGUGCGGCAAGUAUGGUGCCAAGCUGUGCACCCCCCAAUACUGGUAUGACUUCCAGGGAGAUACCAGUAAUGGCAUGGCUCCACUGGACAUUGACUUCAGACUUAUCAAGCCGGGAGAAACAGACGGAGUACCUGAGGGUGUGAUUCCCUACAAUGGACCAGCCUAUAGGUGUAAUGAGAUCUCCUCCUCUGGGGGUCAAGCCUGCUCAUGUCAGGACUGCAAAGAGUCGUGUCCUGUUGUUCCGCCUCCCCCACUCCCACCUGGACCCUUCAGACUUUUGGGCACGGAUGGCUUCCUUGUCAUUUCCAUCAUCUUAUUCUGCCUCCUGAUAUUUGCCUUCGUCCUCUUCCUGUUGGUCUCUUGUUUGGUGAAGUCGCAGAAGAAGCAGGAUAAAGACAAAGGAAAAAGAAAGACCAAGAACCAAGACCAGAACAGUAAUCAUGUGACUCAGCGGGUCAUCGAUCCUUCGGAGGUGACAUGCGCCGACAGGAACAGUAUGAUCGCUCAGGACUUCCUCAGCUCUGGGUUUCAGAGGUGGGGAACACUCAUGGCCACGUAUCCCUUCACGGUUCUCCUGCUGUCGGCCGCCAUUGUGAUUGCAUUCUCUGCCGGCCUCAUGUCGCUUGAGCUCACCACGGACCCAGUGGAGCUGUGGUCGGCUCCCAACAGCCGAGCCCGUCAGGAGAAGGACUUCCACGACAAACACUUUGGCCCAUUCUUCAGAACCAAUCAGCUGAUCUUCACAGCACCGGGGAGACAAGGACACAUUUACGACUCUUUGGUCUUCGGGUCGCAGAACUUUAGCGGCCUUCUAUCUAAAGAUCUUAUCAUUGAACUGCUGCAACUCCAGAAAAAAAUCCAAAACAUUGAGUUCUGGUCAGAGGACCUGAACCGCACAGCAAGUCUGAAGGAUGUGUGCUUUGCACCGCUCAACCCGAACAACUCCAACCAGACUGACUGCGCAGUCAACAGCCUGCCACAAUACUUCCAGAAUAGCUUUGAUAACAUCAACGCAAAGGCGAACAUGACCAAGCUGGGGGUGACCAAAGAAGUGGACUGGAGGGACCACCUCAUCUACUGCUUGAACUCGCCUCUGUCCUUCAAAGACAUCACUGCUUUAGGAAUGAGCUGCAUGGCUGACUACGGAGCUCCAGUCUUUCCCUUCCUGGCCGUAGGAGGCUAUCAGGGUGAAGACUACACCAAUGCAGAUGCUUUCAUCUUGACGUUCUCCCUCAACAAUUAUCCACGGACUCACGUCAAAUUUAACGUGGCCAUGCAAUGGGAGAAAGAGUAUCUGAAAAUUGUCCAAGACUACCAGAGAGACCCUACUGCCAACUUCACAUUUGCAUACAUGGCAGAGAGAUCCCUGGAGGAUGAGAUUAAUCGCACAACAGCAGAGGACAUUCCCAUCUUCAUGAUCAGCUAUGCUGUAAUCUUUGUGUACAUCGCUGUUGCACUGGGGGAGUACUCAUCAUGGAGACGCAUACUGGUGGACUCAAAGUUCCUGGUGGGAAUGGGGGGUAUCUUGGUGGUUGCAUGUUCAGUGUUGGCCUCCAUGGGCUUCUACUCCUGGAUCGGCAUUCCCUCUUCCCUGGUCAUACUGCAGGUUGUGCCUUUUCUGGUGCUCGCUGUUGGAGCUGACAACAUCUUCAUCUUUGUUCUGGAAUACCAGAGAGAUGUCCGGAGGCCCGGAGAGAAAAGAGAGCAGCAGAUUGGCCGUGUGCUUGGGAGCGUGGCUCCGAGCAUGCUCCUGUGUAGUCUCUCUGAGUCUGUCUGCUUCUUUCUAGGCGCUCUCUCCACCAUGCCUGCAGUGAAGUCCUUUGCUUUAUACGCCGCUCUGGCUGUGCUCAUGGACUUUGUCCUCCAGAUGACAGCCUUUGUGUCCCUCCUGUCGCUGGAUGCCAGGCGCCAAGACAACAACCGAUGUGAGCUGUUGUGCUGCGUCACUGUAGCAACGCAGAAAUCCAACAAGCCCAAUGAGGGCUUCCUCCUACCGUUCAUGAGGAAAUAUUACGCUCCUGUACUGCUGAACCAAUACAUGAGAUUCCUAGUGAUGUUGGUGUUCCUCUUCAUGUUCAGUGGUUCUCUCUACCUCAUGUUCAGUGUGACCGUGGGUCUGGAUCAGGAGCUGGCCAUGCCCAAGGGCUCUUACAUGCUGGAUUAUUUCAAGUACCUAUACAAAUAUCUGGAAGUAGGAGUCCCUGUUUAUUUUGUGACAAAACGAGGCUUCGACUUUACCUCCGUGGCAGGCAUGAAUGCCGUGUGUUCCAGCGUGGGCUGCGACCAGUUUUCCAUGACCCAGAAGAUUCAAUACGCCACCAAUCACCCUGAUAUAUCAUAUUUAGGUAUUCCUGCAAACUCCUGGGUGGAUGAUUUCAUUGAUUGGCUGAAUCCUGGAUCAAGAUGUUGCCGACACUACACCUUUGGUGUAAAUUUUGGAAAGUUCUGCCCUGCAGACAAAUCUGCUUUCGUCUGUGCACGCAAGUGUAUGGCCAAACCUCCAAACGGUGUCCUCAGGCCCAACGUGAAACAGUUCAACCACUAUCUACCUAUCUUCCUGGGGAACAGGCCUGAACUGCACUGCCCCAAAGGUGGACUAGGAGCUUACGACACGGCUGUGGUGAAAGAUGAAAACGGAGAAAUUAUCGCUUCUCGCUUCAUGGCUUACCACACGCCUCUGACCAACUCUCAGGAGUUCACUGCAGCAUUAUUGAAAGCCAGAGAACUGGCUCAGAGCAUCACUGACGACAUGAGGAAGGUGCCUGGAACUGCUCCAGACUUUGAAGUCUUCCCUUACACAGUGACCAAUGUGUUCUACGAGCAAUACCUGACUAUCGUACCUGAGGGCCUCUUUAACAUCUCACUGUGUCUGCUGCCAACGUUUUUGGUAUGCUGUCUGCUGCUGGGCUUGGACCUGCGCUCCGGUCUGCUCAACCUCAUCACUAUCAUCAUGAUCACCGUGGAUACUGUCGGGGUCAUGACACUCUGGGAUAUCCAUUACAACGCAGUUGCCCUUAUCAACCUGGUUACGGCGGUGGGUAUCUCUGUGGAGUUUGUGUCCCACAUGACAAGAUCCUUUGCACUCAGCACAAAGCCCACUCGUGUGGAGCGAGCAAUGGAGGCCACAGCCAACAUGGGCAGUGCAGUGUUUGCUGGUGUUGCCAUGACCAACCUACCCGGAAUUCUGGUGUUGGCUUUAGCCAAAGCCCAACUCAUCCAGAUCUUCUUCUUCCGUCUCAACCUGGUCAUUACACUUCUGGGGAUGGCUCAUGGACUCAUCUUCCUCCCUGUGGUGCUGAGCUACUUCGGGCCUGAUGUGAAUAAAGCAGUGCUGCUGCAAAUCCAGCAAGAGAAAGCAAAAGCCCACCAGGAGCCAGAGCGGACAAGUAACAUGAGACAGUUCUACGACAACAUGAGCUACCAAGACAAUGAGACGAAGGAGCGAGUACACUCCAAGAACACCAAAGCUCGCGUGAACACAGACAGUCCAAUGCACAUUAUGGAACACAAGGAGGAGAGAAUUGACCGCUUCUGAGCGGAACAACUACAAAGACUGUUUUUUAACUCAGAUGAGUAAAUACCUCAAUAACAAACUGAAGUGGAGAUGGACAAACAAUAGUGGGGCUAAUAUUUGUCUCCAACUGGUAGUAAUUAACCUGCCUAUGUACCUCAAUCACAGGUGGACAAGAUGAACACAACAUGGAGUUGUGAAAUUUUCUCUUUACACUAAUGGACACUAGUGAAUAUACUGUACAAAUACUGGACAAAUAUUCUUGAAUUUUCUACUUUUUAUUGAAUGUAAUUAUUUUGCGUAUGUACUCAAUAUUAACAUUGUUUUUAAGUAAAUAAAUACACUCCAACAUUUUCACUAAAUCUACAGUAUGUUGGACAUUGCACUUUUAAGCCUGGGUUGCAGUAUUUUUUAAUUAUGAUAUACUCAAACACUCUCUGCUUUGAGAGGUAGAAAUGUAUACUUUUGUGCCAUAGAUGUUGCACACUCGCAUAGAUGGAAUUGGCUCACUGAUUAUAGAUUGUAUUUGCUGUUAUUGGAUACAAGCUGUAUUUAUGUUGGAAGUCAUACUGAAUGAAUAUCGAUUUCCUAGUCACACUGUUUUUCAGGUGGAAGAACUGGAACAAAUACAUGUAUUUAAAUUUUUGUUUUUAUUAACAAUGCAUCCCUUUGAUAGGAUUCUAUGUUUCUUUAGGUCAUCAACGCCCCCCAAAACAUACUGUACACAAUAUACAGGGGAAACCACAAUUCAGGCAAAAAAAACUUAUUAAAUUAUAAUACAGUCUUGAGGAAAAAUAUAAAUAAUUUUUUUCUUCUCUGGUUGAGCUCACGCUAUGGUACAGACAUAUAAUAAAUAGAUCGGAUCUGACAUCACUCAGCCGAUCUAUGAAUCAUCUCUCUAUGAGUCCAUUUGUGUAGCAGCAUUAGAGCAAAAAACAAGCCAAUGGAAAAAGAGAUGAGUUGCAUCCUGUCUCCAUGGAAACCUUGUCCUGAUCAUUUCCCCUUCCCUCCUCUUCCAUCUCAGCCACAGACAGUGAUAAUGUAUCGUGGAAACAAGAGUCUAGGGUAUUUCUACUCUGACAAUAUAAUGGCAGCAUUUAAUGGCAACCUAUCUUAACAAAAAAAAAAAAAAGUUAAGGUGACAACUUGGCCCAUGCGUGUUACACAUGCAGAGGGAGUGAAGCACAGAGGAAAGGCAGGAGGUGCUAAAUCUGUCAUAAGUCAUUCUACACAAUGUCAAGCCAAGAUCAACACACCCCCUGACCAGAAAACUCAUGCUGACCAACAAUGCAAGGGCUGAAGAAAAACAUUAAGGAUGGUAAUAACUAGCAUAAAAUGACAUGCUAAUCUCCCCAUGUACUGCGUAAGGGUGGCGUUUACUGUAUAGUGCUGAAUAUGACACAAUACCACAGAUGCUUGAUUGUCUGAGAUACAAGAAAUAGAAAAGGAAACUACAGACCAGACGGAAAAUGGGUGGUGAAAUACAAACCAGAUAUGUAAAAACAAAAAACAAACAAAAAAAAAACAGCAGGACCCUUUUUAGUGUUUUGUUUCAGAAGGAGAAAAGCACACAUGAUGUGAGGAGUCACUGGGUAAACAAUAUGUCACAACCUCUGCAAGGAGAGAAAAUGUCAACAGAAUCUUUUUUCUUUUGUCCUUUUGAGCCAGUUUGUCAUUGUGAUGUAUUAUUGAGUGUUUCUCAUGAUUGCCAACCCCAUCUGAACACAGUAUUUGGUUCAACUGCUCCUCUUUUUUGCCCAUUAAAAAA